CGCUUAUUCCAACGCUAGGAAAAAGGCAGUUUACUCGCUCGAACAAGGAGCAAAUAGCUCAGCUGACUAGGCCGUUUCUCGGAGGUGCUACCUGUGGAAGAUGUUCUACACCUUUGAGGAGGAACAGUUCAGCGAGCUAGACCUGUUCGAGGAAGCUGCUAGCGUGGUGUCGGUUGGUCCCAACCAAGAGUCGGCUCUGCAAGCAUGCAUUUCUUUGUCAUCGCCAACCAUCGCCAACUAUCACGCCAAGCGUGAGCAGUCAAAGCCACAUGACCGAGACCCUGAGAAAUACUUCAAAGAAACCGGCUAUUCCGCGCUUCUACAGUAUGUCAUCUCAUCCAAAGGAGCCCACAGUGAAGUCAUUGUGCCCCUCUGUUUGGAAUGCUUGGACCUCCUCCAAGUGAUUGUCAACGAAGAGGUCGCCGGAUUCGAAGAUUACGCCUUGAUUGAAACCUUUGUUGACCAGACUGCCCACCGGCUCCUUACUGUCGCUGAAUUGAGCCAAAAUGUGCGAAAAGAGAUUCUGGACGUGAUUUGGGGAUGGGCUACUGGAUUCGUGGAGCUUGUCAUUCGAAACCAAUCUGCCUGGAAGUUUCAAUGUGGACUUGCCGGUCUCGCCGGGGUCUUGGCUGCUCUGAUCAAAUCUCGGGCCGAUUUUCAACGAUCAUACAUGGUCACUCUUACCGAGAUCACAGCAGCACUACUUGAUUUCGGUCCUUUCAAGUUCCUGCAUGGAGAAGGAGAGCCGCAUUAUUCGGCGUGGAGCGCCAGUGGAGGAUUCGAGAGAGCGGUCUAUAAAGUCUUCCACAAUCUGUUCGAGUUCGGCAAGAUCCUACUGUUGAGCAUGCUGGAGAUUGAUGGCCAAAAGAGUGCCACUCAGUCGGCACAGUGGGAAGGGCUACUGGAUGCAGAGUCUCGCAUUAGCACGGCCAACGGAGAGGAGCAGGUGGCCAUUCGCACGUUGUAUGGUCUCUGUUGGAGGUUAUACUCGCAUCGAACUGCCAACCUGGAAGCUGAUGAUGUGCAGGCAGAGGAGAUCAAGACACUGCUACCUGCGGUCGUGAAAUGCGGGAUCUUGUGCACCAUGCAUGUCGAUGAUCUGAAGCAAAACCUUCUUGGACAUGUUUCCGGCAUAUUGACGAAACACAACGCCUUUUUCAGUCCCGCACUCGUCAUUACCUGUUUGGAGAGUCUGACCUUAGUGAUUGACCAUGUCCCGGCUCUCAAGCCGACAGUGAUUGAGACCUUGUUGUCCUUCAUCUGUCUGCCGUCGCCCGUAUUCUUGGAGUGGCAUCAUGAUUCCAACUCUUGCGCUGCACUUCGACAGUGCGUUGGUUACCUACUAUUGCAGAAUCUCAAAGGAACGGAUGGCAAAGAUGCCAUCAUUUCUGUUAAAGCCAAGUGCAUCACGAUCAUGUCCGGUCAACCUUUGGAUGGAGAUGGCAAGAAGGGGUGGUUGACCCCUCAGCAAAAGAAAAUGGCUCAGGUCAACUGCACAGUAGCUGUAGCCACUAUAUCCGUGCUCCUGUCCGAGGAGGAGACUGUAGAUGUAGUCAAGCGAGGCUUCGAGGGGCCUUUGGGGGAUCCGAGUUUCAAGGACCAUGAUGUGUUCUGGGACUCGCUUGGCAACAUCGGUUUAAAUUCCGGAGUGCAGCUUUUAAGCUCGAUCUAUGGGCUGUACAAAAAGCAUCGCACUGUCAAGAGCACCCGGAUAAGACAGAUUCUAGCUCGCGAAGCUGCCAAAUCAGCUGAUUCCGCGGCCACAUUCUUGGAGGAUACUUUGAAGGCCUUCACAGAAUGCGCAUCUGGUAUGCGCGAGAAGGAUGCAUCUGCUCUGAAGGACCUUUACGACCACGCUUGGGUCGCCAGCAUUCUCUGCGAGGACGUGGAGUUUCACAAAAGGGACCAAAACAUCGUGGAGACCAACUUCAUCUUCCGAGACUUCUGGCUGUGCGCGAUUGCUCGGCUGUUGGGACAGGAUGGAAAGUGGCCAGCUGGUUGGGCUGGCAUCUUGCAGGCCAUCGCGCUCAAAACUCCCUGCUUUGCGCUCUCGUCGCAAGAACGAUUUCUCGAAGAAGACCUUCGCACCCAGUCCGUCAUGGAGAAGAUCGUUGGCGCAGAAGUCCAACAAAGAGUUCGCACAUGUCUUCAGACAGCGUUUACUGAGCGCUAUUCAGCCUCCAAGACGCUCAGCUUUGCCAAAUGCACGUAUCUUCUCGCAGUGAGAGAAGUCGAGCGGUUCAAAGCCAAGAACUUGGCACCGCUCACGAUCCUGAAGUAUCUCAAUCAUGACCGUUUGUACAACGACGAGGUUUACGAUUUCUUACUCAGCAUCGGCGAUGACGUUAUUGGCGUUUUCAUUCGGGCUUGCUCCCUGAAGAAGGACGUCCCACCGCCUUUGAUCGCGGAUCAGCUCAAACAGUUGCUUUUUAUGGCUGCCUCGAGAUUGGAGCGUGCGAGAGCGUUUGCGGCAAACUCCGUGUAUCGCAUCUUACGGGCGUUCCCGGCUUUGGUGUGGCACCGAAAAUCCGUCGGUCUGAUGCUCGACCUGCUGCAGUGUCUUGACACGGAAUCACAGCCUAGUGCCACCAGAACCGAAACUCUACGCGGCAAAAUUGGACGAAAGCUGGAUUUGCUCAAUGAGUACGAUGUGCAGGCCGCUUCCCAAGAUUUCUUCGACUUCUGCGUCCGUUGGACAAAAUUGGCCUUCCAAAGAUCUGCGAGCGAGACUGUCGGCCUCAUUCAGGGAUAUAUGGUUGACAUCCAGACGAACUUCCCUGAACUUGCGAUUGGCGAGAAGUCACAGCUCGUAACGCUCCUUGGCCGGUUCUGCAGCAGUGAAGAUAUCGCUGCCAUGAUCAUCAAAUCUGUUGGCAAGCAUGCACUCUACUACGGAGAGGUCCGCGGAAUGUUAAAGGCCGGAUAUCAGACAGGCCGCGACCAAAAGGCAGUGCAGGAACGUGUCGCAAAGGAUCUUUGCAGAGAGUUGCGCUCGGUUGUCAGUGCGCCGAAACAUCCUCAAUUCGCGCUCAACCUGCACCCCGCACUGCAUCGUGCAGCCGCUAUGGCUCUGUUGAUGGAUGGAGGCGAGGAUGAGCUUCUGGAACUCAUAUGCUGGACGCCAAUCACGGUGUUCACACCUGCGGUUAUGGAUAUGGCCAUCUCUGUUUGGAGUCUUCUCAUGUCGGCGCGAGCUGAGCUGGGAGCACGGGUCAUGGGAUAUCUAGUCGCUGUGUGGGAGACAACGGCUAUGGAACGCAAAGGGCUUUACCGUACAAUGACACGGUCGGCGAACCCGUUCUAUUCGAAGAUGACUUACACACCUUCGAAGCCCUCGCAAGACACGCUUUCGGACUCUCAGGCCUUGUCGAUACAUUUAAGCUGGAUCCGAUUCCUACUAGACAGAUUCAAGUCUGCUCGUGUGCAGUCCGUGGAUCAUGUGAAGUUCUUUUGCAAGCUUUACUACAUUGCGCAUGAGCAUGCAACAUCCAUCAAGUAAGAUUGUCUGUGAUCUUGUACAAUGCUACUUGGUGCUCUCUAACUCCUCCAUCGUAGGCGGACCUGGUUCAAUCGAGAAGCCUACUUCUCGCUCGUGACGCUUGGAGCUCAGAUUGCUGAGCACCUCAGUGGCAACGGAGAUCCCGCCGGCUACAUUAUGUGGUCCAAUGUGGUCGAAGAUGCCCUGAGAUGGUUCUCCGGUCCUUCAGUGUACGGACAGGUGGAUAGAAAUGAGCUCGACGUCAUCAUCAAUUUCCAUAC